CAGAUAAGCAGCUGUUGCCGAUAUCCUUUUACUGCUCAUCAAAUUGAAAACGUAAGUAACAGCCUCGUCUACCCCCAGGACGUGGUCACCAUGAAGGUGGUGUCCCUCUCCUUGUGGGUGGUGAUGUUGGGUGCGGCGGGCGUGCUGGCCGAACAAGCCGACGAACGUCAAAUACAGACGGACCCAAGGAUGGACUCAUGGACAUGGACGUUCGAAGAGACGGACACAACGACGGACACACCGACGGACACACCGACGGACACAUGGAGAACCACAUCGACAUGGACAACGCCAGGCACACCGGCGGAGACACCGACCGAGCCGCCAUCAGUAAACAUCAUUGGAAGGCCCGUGGACUGUGCAGACUACCUCAUGGCCGGAGCGACUUCUAGCGGAGUUUACGAGAUCUACCCCUUCUCGUGCACGUGCGCCAGGUCGGUGAGGGUCUGGUGCGACAUGGAGACGGACGGCGGCGGCUGGACGGUGUUCCUGAAGCGCCAGAAACAGACGAAUCAACUUGACUUUAACCGCACGUGGCUCGAGUACAAGGAAGGCUUCGGCUACCCUGAGCAGGAGUACUGGCUGGGCAACAAUCAGCUUCACCAGAUGACAUUCAGCCGCGAGUACACCAUCCGUGUCGACGUCGAGUCUACUUCUGGAGGUACUGAUUAUUCCACUUACGAUCGCUUUAAGGUCGGCGCAGAAGACAGCAGGUACCAAGUCACGGUGAGCGGCAGCCUCGUAGGGGGCACAAAUCUCAUCUCUUGCUUCCAAUCCUUGGGCGGCCGCCAUUUCAGUACACGUGACAGGGACUACGACUCGUAUGGUGGUAACUGUGCGGCCAAUAAGGGAGGCGGGUGGUGGUACAACAACUGCAGGAACUUUAACCCAACCAGCGCCUACAACGGCUCCCUCACCGUGUCGUGCUACCACUGGUACAACAGCAGAUACCAGGACAACUUGAAGAACCUCCAAGUCAAGAUCAGGCCGGCCAUCUGCGACUCGACGAUUAAGACCAUCCACCUGAAGGACAAUAGCUGUGGCUGCCAGGAGCCACGCACGCCCCAGUGAUGACCUUGUUCCAGGGCGAGACUUGUCGGUUUACACCACUCUGAGGCAUACUGAACAGAAUUCAUAGAUACCUAUACAGAAUUAAAGAGCUUCUUUAAAUGCACAGUAAAAAAAAAACUUAUUAACCAUUAAUAUUGCUGUAAAUACUUCAAGAAAGUGUGUUGGUUAAUCGGAUUAUCAGAAAACAACUUCCAUAGUAAAUUCCUUGUCACAUAAACGUAUAACUAUUGAAUCAUUUUUCGCAGAGCAUUCAGCAUUAACCAUUCAGACACUUGUUACACGCAGCGACCUUCCACAGUCAACGUAAAGUAUCCUAACACAAGCUACCCAAUGGUCGUUGCCCAAUAAUUUUUUACCGUUAAAACACCAGUUAUACCACGACCAGGUUUACCUCAUGAUAGUGUCGAGAUCAUCACCCUAGCAUACACGACGAUAUGAUUGUAUUCCUCUUUAGCAACUCUUUGGGUCAUAUUCCGGUCUGUUCCAUCAACAAAAUCUUGACAGCAUCC